CGAAAUCAAUUUUCUCUUUUGUUCCCUCUAAUAAAAGUUAAAACGUCUCUCUUAAUUCUAUUCGCUUCACUGUGCGGUUAAGUUGUUUCGCGUUCGAUUAAUAAAGUUCGUUUCUGAAACUUCUAUUAGAAUAAUGUGGACUUCAUUCAAACCAGAAAGUUUUUUCGACCGGUAAAAUACUAGAACUGGUGGAAGGCAUCGAAUACCUUCACCCUAUGCUUCAUCGUACACGACAUGUCGUCGAACAAAAUCCUAUGUGAUAGUCAAUUGUGAUAAAUACCUAAUACCUACCUAUAAUUUGGCCGUAUAGCGGUGUGACAAUGAACGUUCUUGGCUCUAGAACAUCAACAGUCAAUCGUAUGCCUGAUAUGGGACAACCAACUAAGCCGCUGACUAACAGUCCACCCGUAACAAAAUCAUUGUUUCCACAUGUAAAGAUAGAACAUUUGGUGGCUGGCUUUUCAGGCGGUGUCGCAUCUACACUCAUACUUCAUCCUCUAGAUUUAUUGAAAAUCCGAUUUGCUGUCAAUGAUGGAAGAAAUACAAUACCAAGUUAUGCGGGAUUGGGAAAUGCUGUCACUACAAUAUUUAGACAAGAAGGAAUUAAAGGACUUUAUAAAGGAGUUACACCAAAUGUUUGGGGGUCAGGAAGCGCAUGGGGUUUUUAUUUCCUAUUUUAUAAUUCAAUUAAAGCUUGGAUUCAAGGUGACAACACUAAAAAACCUCUGGGUCCAGCAUUACAUAUGACUGCUGCAGCAGAAGCAGGCAUUCUCACAUUAAUAAUAACCAAUCCAGUAUGGGUUGUCAAAACUCGUUUGUGUUUGCAGUUUGAUAAGCCCAAUGAUCCAAGCAAGUUGUACAGUGGCAUGUGGGAUGCAUUUCGGAAGAUUUAUGGUGCCGAGGGUGUACGAGGCCUGUAUAAGGGCUUUGUUCCUGGUAUGUUUGGCGUAUCUCAUGGUGCUCUGCAGUUCAUGACUUACGAGGAGAUGAAGACUUUUUAUAAUGAAUAUAGAAGAUUACCAAUUGAUGCUAAACUGGAUACAUCCGAAUACAUUGUAUUUGCAGCAUUUUCAAAACUAAUAGCAGCUGGUCUAACAUAUCCGUAUCAAGUUAUUCGCGCGAGACUGCAAGAUCAACACCGUGAAUACCGAGGCACUUGGCAUUGUAUAACCCAAACAUGGAGGUAUGAAAGUAUGCGAGGGUUUUAUAAAGGAAUUGGGCCUAAUCUAUUAAGAGUUGUACCAGCAACAAUCAUCACAUUUGCAGUCUUUGAAAAUUUAUCUUCAUAUUUAAUUAAGUUGAAUAGUAUACCUUAA